AUGUCAUCAAAUCGUACUGAUGAAAUUGACAAUACUGAUUCAUGGAUUCCACUCUUCGAUCGUUUUAAUAAAACCAUACGAGCUGAAGCUGACACAUUGUUUAAACAUAUUACUGAUAGUCAAACAAAUCUACUGAAUGAACGUAACAGUUUACGCAAAGAGAUCGAGUUAUUAAAGAAAGAAAAACAGGAAAUGACUCAAUUACUCAAGAAAUAUGAUCAGAUUGUAACACUUAAUAUAGGUGGUCAAUUAUUCUCGACUACAAUUGAAACUCUAACCAAAGAAGAAUGUCUAUUCACAAAAAUGUUCAGUGGACGAUUUGAUCUUCGAGAACAUCAAGGUGCUACGUUUAUCGAUCGUGAUCCAACACAUUUUAGAAUUUUACUCAAUUAUUUACGUACAAAUACAUUAAUUGAGCCUAAAUCAGCUCAAGACCGUAGUGAACUUUUGUUAGAAGCAGAAUACUAUCAAAUUACAUCUUUAAUCAAACAAUUGAAAAAUGAAACAAUAACUACUACUAUGAUUGUAGUAGAAAAACUUUUGUUUGAUUCUACUCUGCAUCAUCCACAAGUAGUUAUCUCGGAAGAUGGACUCUCAGCUAAUCACGAUAGUGAAUGUGUCCAGUUUUUGUAUGCAAAAGUAAAGAAUGUUAUGUGGCAAAAUGGACAGCACUACUGGGAAAUCACUAUAGAGAGAGGACAAGGGUGUUACUCAUCAAUGGGUGUCGCUACUUCUUCAUGGGAUACAAAUAAACGUUUAGGCGAUGAUUCUUUCAGUUGGACUUUAAGACUCUAUGGUCAACAUCCUAGUUAUCAUCAUACUGGAUUGAGGCAUGAUAGUAAAUCUUUACCUUAUCAUGAUCUAUUUCCUAAUGGUACGCGUGUUGGUAUAUUGUUAGAUUUGAACCAAGGUACUCUAGAAUAUGUCGUUGAUGGAGUGAAAAAAGGUAUAGCCUUUACCAACUUAAAAGGACAUACAGUCACUCCUGUCUUUGAAUUUUGUCAUAAUACUUCUUUUCGAAUGAAUCAUAAUGCAACUGCACCUACCAACUAA